ACCGUUGUAGAGCUCCUCAGGGCUGCUUUUCAUUAGUAAUUCAGGUAUCAGUCGUCGACACCGAGGGGCACGCCCCGUCUGCCGCGACAAAGAGCGGUCCCGGGGUUUGAAUGCGGCUCUGUGGCGGAUUGAUCGUCUCCGGCCCCCUGCAGGAGACUCCAGACUCUGCUUCAGUGAGGAGACGGUUAUUAACGGCAGCAGUUGAUCUGAGCGGAGCCGUGCUGAGAGCCGCUGCGGUCGAGCGAUGAGGGCCACUAAACUGACACCACUCCUGCUUUGCUUUUGGAUAACUUUGCCGUUCUGUAUCACGGAGAAGGUCAAAGAAAGGGGCGCCCGGCAAAAAGACGCGGAGUUCACCGACAAGUACCAGACGUGCAUGCAGGGCGUACCUGGAGUGCAGGGCAGGGAUGGGAACCCGGGGAUAAACGGCAUUCCAGGGACCCCGGGGAUCCCCGGGAGAGACGGACUUAAGGGCGAGAAGGGAGAGUGUGUGAGCGAGAGGUUUGAGGAUCCCUGGAAACCCAACAUCAAACAGUGCGCCUGGAACUCUUUAAACUACGGCAUUGAUCUGGGAAAGAUAGCCGAGUGCACGUUCACCAAGCAGCGGUCGGACAGCGCUCUGCGCGUGCUCUUCAGCGGCUCUCUCAGGCUCAAGUGUAAGACGGCCUGCUGCCAGCGCUGGUACUUCACCUUCAACGGGGCUGAAUGCACCGGACCGCUGCCCAUAGAGUCCAUCAUUUACCUGGACCAGGGCAGCCCUGAACUCAACUCCACCAUCAACAUGCACAGGACCUCCACAGUGGAGGGGCUCUGUGACGGGAUCCAGGCCGGGCUGGUGGAUGUUGGGAUCUGGGUGGGCACAUGUGCUGAUUAUCCUCGAGGAGACGCAUCGACCGGCUGGAACUCUGUCUCCCGGGUGAUCAUCGAGGAGCUUCCCAAAUGAGCUUCAGCACGGUCUUCAUCACCAUGGCAAUAGCGCUCCUGUCUCAGAGAGGACCUUCCUCACAGACACGGGACACAUUAAAGCUAAUAGAGUGGCUCUGAGUCUGUGCAGCUCUCAUGUUGUGUCAGAUUAUUAUUCUCAUUGUGAAAGCUGAGGAUCAUAAAAGUACAGUGAAUUACAAAAUAGAAGCACCGUGUUUGUACUACGGCUUUUUGGACACUACCGUAAUCAUAUUUUUGAGGAAAGAAAAGUAGCUUGUACGAUACGAGGAUACGAGGUCAUCCCUGUAUAACGCUACCGCCAUUUUAAGGAGAGUCCAACAAAGACGCUGUAUUUAUUUAGUGGCUCUUCAUUUUGUGCCUUGAUGACUAAAACUCAUAUUUCUGUAUCGAUUGUUUUGCUUUUUUUUAUUACCUAUAACGAUGAAGAAAAGUCAGGUCCAGUUUCACCUCACGAAUAAAAAUGUACUGUGAAAA